GUAAUGUCAACAAGACGUUCAUUAUCAAAGUUAUUGAUACGACAGUAUUCAAGUUUACGUAUUCAAGACUCUUGUGUAAUUUAUUUAAAUAAAAUGGAGCCGAAAAUUAAUUUGAAACAAGAUCCAGCGUAUAAGAAACUGCAGGAGUAUUUCAACGCUAACGCUGAAAAAAUUAAUAUUCUGCAACUUUUCCAACAAGACGUCGACAGAUUUAAAAAGUUUAGCCUUCGUCUACCAACACCAAAUGAUGGUGAAAUCUUGUUAGAUUAUUCUAAAAACAGAUUGGAUGCCAAAGCUUUCGAAUUACUCCUCAACUUGGCUAAAAGUCGUGGGGUUGAAAAAGCUAGGGAUGCUAUGUUCUCAGGUGAGAAGAUAAACUUCACAGAGGAUCGUGCAGUGUUGCACAUUGCUUUACGUAACAGACAGAACAAGCCGAUCCUGGUUAAUGGGGCAGAUGUCACACCGGAUGUGAAUGCGGUCCUCGCUCAUAUGAAAGAAUUCUCACAGCAAGUUAUUAGUGGACAAUGGAAAGGAUAUACAGGCAAGCAGAUAACCGAUGUGAUCAACAUUGGUAUUGGAGGCUCAGAUCUUGGCCCUCUCAUGGUCACCGAGGCACUGAAACCUUAUGCCAAUCAUCUUAAGGUACAUUUUGUCUCCAACAUCGAUGGUACGCACCUCGCGGAGGUAUUAAAACGUCUCAACCCGGAGACGGCGCUGUUCAUCAUCGCCUCCAAGACUUUCACCACUCAGGAGACCAUCACCAACGCGACUUCAGCCAAGAACUGGUUCCUGCAGGCUGCUAAAGAUUCAUCAGCGGUAGCAAAGCAUUUCGUAGCGCUGUCCACUAACGGGGAGAAAGUGACCGCCUUUGGUAUCGACUCCAAGAACAUGUUUGGUUUCUGGGACUGGGUCGGUGGAAGAUAUUCUCUAUGGUCCGCGAUCGGUCUGUCCAUCUCGCUGUACAUCGGCUACGAUAACUUCGAGAAGCUUCUAGAAGGAGCCAACUAUAUGGACCAGCACUUCACCACCGCGCCAUUGGAGAAGAAUGCGCCCGUGAUCCUCGCGCUGCUGGGUGUGUGGUACCACAACCUGCACGGCGCGGAGACGCACGCGCUGCUGCCCUACGACCAGUACCUGCAUAGAUUCGCAGCGUACUUCCAGCAAGGGGACAUGGAGAGUAACGGUAAGUACGUGACGCGGGGCGGCGCGCGCGCGGAGCACAGCACGGGGCCCAUAGUGUGGGGCGAGCCCGGCACCAACGGACAGCACGCCUUCUACCAGCUCAUACAUCAGGGCACCAGAUUGAUCCCGUGCGACUUCAUAGCGCCCGCGCAGACACACAACCCGAUAUCCGGAGGAGUCCAUCACAAGAUCCUGCUCGCCAACUUCCUCGCGCAGACUGAGGCUCUCAUGAAGGGGAAAACUGAAUCUGAGGCUAAGGCUGAAUUAGAGAAAUCGGGAAUGUCUCCGGAGUCGAUCGCGAAGAUCCUGCCACACAAAGUGUUCCUCGGCAACCGACCCACUAACUCCAUCGUCGUGAAGAAACUGACUCCCUUCACACUUGGAGCUCUUAUUGCGAUGUACGAGCACAAGAUCUUCACUCAGGGUGUGAUUUGGGACAUCAAUUCGUUCGACCAAUGGGGUGUGGAGCUCGGCAAGCAGCUCGCUAAGGCCAUAGAGCCGGAGUUACAAGACAAUAAGCCAGUAACCUCACAUGAUGCCUCAACUAAUGGACUCAUCAACUUCUUGAAGGAGAACUUCGCUUAAUCUGUGUCUGCUUGAGUUUUUAAUCUAUGGUCACAAUUGUAAUGCUUAAUCUUUGACAUUUAUCUGUUACUGCUUGUAAUCUAUGGUCACAAUUAUUUUUGAAAGCUUAGUCUUUGAUGUUUUUGUUACUGUGUUUAAUCUAUGGUCACAAUGGUCAAUUUCGUUGACAAUUUGAUUUAUAUAAAAAAUACAUUAUUUUCUGCCGCAAAGUCGUACUUAGUGUAGAUUUCAUAAACUUAUUCUACUCUAAGGGUACUAUUUGACCAUUAGGUAAUGUAUAAAAGAAUUGUGUCCAAAUGAUCAUUCUUUGUUGUGAUCUAAAUUAUAUUAUUUAUGUAUAUUUUUUAAUUUUAGUAAAUAUAAAUCAUGUGAAGAAAUUUUUAUGUAUACAAAUAUUACGAUUUUUAGAUCUGUAUAACAGUGAGUAGGAUGCUAGUUGAAAUUGUUAUGCUUUUGAGAGGUUUUGAACAAAUUUAAUUUACGUUAAUAAAUAUUUAAACAGAUGUGUUAGAAUUGGUUUAUUUA